AUGGCCUCGCAGAACCGCGACCCUGCUGCUAGCGCCGCCGCAUCGUCCUGUAAGGGGGCCGAGCCUGGGGCAUGCCCGUCUCUCGGAUCCGUGGGCAAGAGGUUACAGCAGUUAUUGAUGACCCUAAUAAUGACUAUCCAUGGGGCUGCUGGGACAGUAUAUGAAGACCUGAGGUACAAGCUCUCCCUGGAGUUCCUCAGUGGCUACCCAUAUAAUGCUCCCACUGUGAAAUUUGUCACACCUUGUUACCAUCCUAAUGUGGAUACCCAAGGCAAUAUCUGUUUGGACAUCCUCAAGGACAAGUGGUCAGCUCUGUAUGAUGUCAGGACCAUUCUACUAUCUAUCCAGAGCCUGCUGGGAGAACCCAACAUUGACAGCCCACUGAACACACAUGCUGCUGAACUUUGGACAGACCCCACAGCCUUUAAAAAGUACCUGCUGGAAACCUACAUGAAGCGGGUGACUAGCUAG